AUGGUGAAGCUCUUUUUGGCCGCAGCCUAUUCGGCAGCGGUGACGGCAAUUCUGUCGCUACCCGUUACAGUGUCAGCUACAACUACAGCUACGGCUGCUGCUGAGGACAUGGUCCUCGAUGCCAAGGCCCAAUCGAUCGUCGACGGAUUCUCCAUGGCGGAAGUGAUCGGCCAAAUGACGCAGAUCGACAUCAGCUUAGUGAUAAAUCCCAAGGACAACACUCUUAACGAGGACUGGGUGCGCCUGUACGCCCAGCAGUAUGUUGGGUCGUACCUCAACACCAUUUGGGACGAACCCAAAGGGAAGAAAUACGGCUGGACUGCGUCCGAGUUCCGUGCCGUCGUCAAACGGAUCCAAGAAAUCAGUAUGGAGGAGAACGGAGGCCACCCCAUCAUUUACGGUCUCGACUCGGUGCACGGUGCCAACUACGUUGAAGGAGCCGUCAUUUUUCCCCACCAGAUUAAUGGGGGUGCGAGUUUCAAUCCCGAUCUGGUCUACGAGGCUGGUCGUAUCACUGCUCGAGACACCCAAGCCGCCGGAAUCCCCUGGAUUUUUGGUCCAAUUCUCGAGAUCUCACAGAAUCCGCUGUGGUCUCGCACCUACGAGACGUUUGGUGAGGAUCCGUACUUGGCUUCCGUGAUGGGAGAUGCUAUCGUUCGUGGUCUCCAGAGCUAUAACCAAUCCGCCGCCUGUAUGAAACACUUCAUCGGGUAUUCCAAGACCCCUACGGGCCACGACCGUGACAACGUUAUCAUGGAUGACUUUGACCUGCUCAACUACUUCCUGCCUCCUUUCAAGGCUGCGAUCGAAGCCGGUGCCUUGUCGACGAUGGAGAACUACAUCUCGAUCAACGGUGAGCCUGUGAUCGCCAAUCCCCGUAUCCUGAACGACCUUCUGCGUUCAGAUCUGGGUUUUGAUGGUCUUCUGGUUUCCGACUGGGCUGAGAUCAACAACCUGAAAGACUGGCAUCGCGUGGUUAACACCUAUGAAGACGCUGUGGCAUUAUCUCUGAAGCAGACGUCGCUCGACAUGAGCAUGGUGCCUAACGACACUAAGUUCAUCGACUACACGCAGAAUAUGUUGGAGAAGCACCCGGAAAAUGAAGCUCGUCUUCGUCAGUCUGUGAAGCGCAUCAUCAAGACGAAGUUGAAGCUUGGACUCUACGACAACCCCGUUCCCGGUGAGAACUUCGUCUCAAUGGUGGGUAGCGAAGAAGACAAGACUGCUGCGCUGACCAUGGCUCGUGAAUCUAUCGUACUUCUUAAGAAUGCCGAGGAUGUCCUUCCACUACCGAAGGACGCUUCUGUGUUCCUCACAGGCCACUCGGCGAACAACGUUGGUUACCAGUGCGGUGGAUGGAGCAAGGCUUGGCAGGGAUACUCUGGCAAUGAGAUGUUCCCCAACGGAGUCAGCGUUCGCCAGGGUUUUGAGAACUUGGUUGGCAACGACUCGUUCACCUACUUCAACGGACUACUAGCGAACGGAUCGAUCUCGGACGAGGACCUGGCUAUUGCUGAAAGUUACGCUAGGCAGCACGAAUACACCGUGGUUGUUAUCGGCGAACCCAACUACACGGAGAAGCCCGGUGACCUUGACAACCUGGAACUGCCCGAGGGUCAGAUAAAGUACAUUGAGGCUCUCCGUGCGACCGACACCAAGAUGAUCGUUGUUCUGUUUGAAGGCCGCCCACGUCUGCUUGGCUCGAUUCCGGACCACUCGAUGGCCAUUAUUGAUGGUCUUCUACCGUGUGAGCUCGGUGGCCAGGCAAUGGCUGAGAUUAUUUACGGAGAAGUCAACCCCAGUGGCAGACUGCCGAUUACCUACCCGAAAGACCCGGCCAACAUCGCCAUUCCAUACAACCACCUGGUCACUACGCGUUGCGCCUGGGAUAACUGCUGGCAGCAAUGGGAUUUCGGCUCGGGUCUCAGCUACACGCAGUUCAACUACUCCGCUGUGACGUUGGACACGGCUCUGCUUAGCAGUGCGUCGGAAACAGUCACCGCUACGGUGACCGUCACGAAUGUGGGCGCCCGUGCCGGCAAGGAGACGGUCAUGUUGUUCCUGAUCCAACCAUACCGCCUCAUCUCGGUGCCGGAGGUGAAGCAACUGAAGAAGUUUAAAAAGAUUGAGCUGCAGGCUGGUGAGUCCAUGGACGUCUCGUUCACGUUGACCACAGACGACUUGAGCGUGUACGACCCGCAGAUCGGCAAGGGCCUGAAGCGUGUGUUCGAAGAUAGCGACUACGUGGUGGCCAUCAAACCCGAGACCUGGUGCAACGUGUACAACAACAUCACGCAUCCGCUUUGCGCCGAGUUCAGUGUCGACACCAGCAGCGGUGCGGGCACGGUUAGCGUCGGCAGCGGACUGCUGUAAGCGGUCACACCGGUACUCCACUUCGAAUGAAGAAGCGAACCUAAACUAAGGGUACUUUUCAAUAAAAACAUGUUGGCUGCUGCACAGUGCAGCCAUUUCCUGAUAUACUCAAA